UCGUUUACAGGUUUCGUGGCUGUGCUACUGUCUUUCGGAGUCCAGUGACAUCAGGUUGUUAACGUUCAUCCCCCUUGCCUUUCGGACUCUUCUUCUACAUCCUUUUUCUUUUCCCUUCCAUCAAAUAGACACACCAUCCACAUCAGCACUAUAGAGGCGACAGGCGCACAGAUAAUUCUAAUCAAUGGCACCAGUCGAAACAGAGUACUAUGACUUGUUGGAUGUCCCCGUGGACGUUAACGAUACAGACUUAAAGAAGGCAUACAGGAAGCAAGCAAUGAAAUACCACCCAGACAAAAACUCCUCUUUGGAUGCGGAAGAGAAGUUCAAGGACAUAAGUAAAGCGUAUCAGGUGCUAUCAGAUGCUAAUUUGAGAGCGGUAUAUGACAAGAACGGGAAGUCUAUGGUGGACAAGGAGAGUACAGAACUAGACGAUGCAGCGGGUUUCUUUGCAAACGUAUUUGGUGGAGAGCGAUUCAGAGAUUAUAUCGGCGAAAUAUCUUUAAUGAAGGAGAUGACAUCUGUGGCACAGACAGUAAUGACCGAUGAGGAACGUGCUGAGCUCGAGAAAGAGGGCAUCGUUCCGCCACAAGCAGCAGUCUCGCACGAACCGCACGUUCCCGCACCUGGUCCAUCGACACCCGGUCCCGCUGAUAAUGCUUCGAAGCGUCAGUCUGUUUUGGGGUCUCCGACCCCAUCUAAUGGCGGCAAGGAAGGCAAAGAGAAAGAUAAGAAGCGCAGUAAGCUCACGCCAGAGCAGAAGAAGAAGCUUCAGGAUCUUGACGAUGAACGCAAACGCUCGAUGGAUGAACGAGUAAAGACGCUCACUACCAAGCUAAUUGAGCGACUACGACCCUUUGUGGAUGCGAAAGCACCUGGCGACAAGGACGACCCUGAGACAAAGGCAUUCGAAGUCCGGAUGAAACUCGAAGCAGACGAUUUAAAACUGGAGAGCUUUGGGGUCGAGCUGCUACAUACAAUUGGGACAGUGUACAUGAUGAAGGCAACGUCGUACUUCAAGUCGAAGAAGUUCCUAGGGAUUGCAGGUUUCUGGUCGCGAAUGAAGGAGAAGGGUUCAGUGGCAAAAGACGCGUGGGGCGUCAUUGGAAGCGCAUUUAGCGUGCAGUCUCUCAUGUCCGAGAUGGAACGCUUGCAAAAGAAGGGGGAGCUUGAUGAGGAGGUGCUGCGGGCACUAGAAGAGGAUGUUACAGGCAAGAUCAUGCUAGCGUCUUGGCGAGGCACGCGUUUCGAAGUCAUUCAGGUUCUCCGGGAGGUUGUGGAUAACGUGCUCAAAGAUAAAGAGGCGUCCGAUCAAGUUUUGUUUUACCGGGCGAAGGGAUUGAUGAUUAUGGGUCACAUAUUCAAAAGCACGGUCCCCGAUGAGAGUGACGAGGUCCGACGUGAACUUGAGCGAAUGGUCGCAGAAGCAGCUGAGGGCAAAUCAAAGCAUCACCAUCUGCGCGGAAAAGCCCGAAGAGAAGGCAACACAACGCCUGAGAUGCUGCCGAAUGAAGGCGAGCAUCCAGUGAGGGAGCCUGGGGGAGAUUCCGAGACCCGUGCACCUUAGCGCUGAGACAGCCGGGAUUUGGAGCGAAGUGAGGGCUUGGGCACGCGUC